AAUUUAUAUCUCGGUUUCUCGGUAUCUCCGUCGGUCGAAGAAAUAAAAUAAUUACAGAGAAUUCUUAAUAGUAGUUUUUAACAGAAGUGGGCCGUUGGAGCUGACCUAAGUUUCGGAGUUACACACUUCAUUUCUGUAUUAUUUAACAAUGACUUCGUUAAUUGACAUGAGUUUAGAGGAUAUCAUACUAAAACGACGGAAAGAAAAUCUAAGAUCUAAAAUCAAGCCUCAAAAUGGCAAUCCCAAAAGUCAACCCAAGCCUACAAUUAAAAAAAAGAUUCCGAUUGUUGACGCCAGAAAUAAAAUUAUUUCCAAAAAGCGUACACAAAUAACAGAUGCACGUGAAAAAUUAGCUGAACUAGCGAAACAUAAGGAUGCACGGCUGAAACUCGAACAAAUGAGAAAACAGAGGAUUGCAAAAUUGCAAACAAAGGAUAGAAACAUUUUUAAUAGGAAUCAGCUGCCGUUUAUGAGAACUGUCCAAAAUAAAGAAAGAGUAUUUCUCGACUCCUCAAGGCAAGUGCGUUCCCAGCCCCUCCAUAGGGCCAGGAUGGCAGUAAAUCGACAGCUAACCACUAACAAGAGAAAUAUAGAGACCAGAUCUUUUGAAAAUAGGUCCAUUGGUGUUGUUUCAGGUCUUAGGACAGGCAAGUUCUCAGUUAAUGUAUCAAAUUGGAAACAAACUAAAAAUACUGGAAUUACCAGGAGUGCACCAGUGAAACCAAUUGUAAGAACUGUUGAAAAUGACAUUGAAAUGUAUGAUGACCCCAUGGACAGUGAUGUCGAAAUGGAGCCACGGGUAUCCUUGAACCUGAACCGUAAAGCUAGCCUGCAGCUAAAGAUAAUAGCACAUAACAAUGAGCCGCGGGAAAGUAGAAGCUCUGCACACAGGAGUGCUCCCGUAGAACGCGAUAUCAGUCCACCUAGACCGCCUUCAAUACUAAAGAAGCGCCCUAUGGCUGCGCUCAGAACUGAGAAGAAAGUCGAGAGGCCAGAGAAGCCUAACACGGAGUACAGGAUCAUCGUCAGCAGCUUGGGCAGCACUGUCACCGCUGGGGAUAUUGAGGAAUUGUUUGGUGAUGUUGGCGGCAUGAUAGAGUCCCGUCUUGUCCGUCCGGGCACGGCUGAAGUGAUCUAUAAGACCUUAGAAGACGCCCAGCGAGCUGUCGACCUCUACCACAAACGGCAGCUGGACGGGCAGCCAAUGAACUGCUUGCUGGUCACGCCGCGCACUAACGCAGCUCCGGCAAGAAGCGGAAACAAGCCUGGAUUAUACAGCACCAAUUCAAACGUUGAACCUGAUCUGUCCACUUUCCACAAGGUGUUAUUCAGUAAUUUGUAAGUAAGUGAAAU